CACCUUUUCCGGCGUGGAUUUUUUCUCAAUCAGGAGGAGCCCUGCGCAUCGCGACUGGUGAUGUUGGAAUGGUGGGUCAAAUGAAACGUUGAACUGAUCCCUGGGCAUCGGCCCUUCCGAAAGCGAUAACUCUAAGGCUCCUUAAGAGAGAAGAUCACCAACAGCACGACAGUAAGAAAUAAAUGCUGUGGAGGAGCAAGAGCUUAAAGAUGAUGAGUCUCUGGAUGAUGUGGUGGCAGAAGGACACCCUGUACAUUGCUUCUAUCCCUGAUGCAUGAAUGUGGGAGUCUAUCCCUAGUGGUAUUAACUCGUUGUUGCCAUGACAACGGGUGACUGCUGUCAUCUCCCUGGAUCUCUCUGUGAUUGUACUGCCAGUGCUGCCUUUUCUAAGACGGUAGCAGCAGCUGAUGUGGGUCGGCCUCAGUACAUCACGCAAGUGACAGCAAAAAAUGGCCGCCUCCUAUCAACUGUGGUAAAGGCUCUAAGUACACAAGGUGAUGGACCGAUUUGCCGGAUAUGUCAUGAGGGCAACAACCUGGAAAUUUUGCUGUCACCUUGUGGUUGCACUGGAACACUUGGAGCAGUUCACAAAACCUGCUUAGAGAGAUGGCUUUCAUCUUCUAAUACCAGCUUCUGUGAACUGUGCCAGACUGAGUUUCUGGUCGAGCGAAAGCCUAGACCUUUGAGGGAGUGGCUGAGAGAUCCAGGUCCAAGGAAUGAGAAGAGGACAUUAUUUUGUGAUAUGAUUUGCUUUCUUUUCAUCACUCCAUUAGCAGCAAUCUCUGGCUGGCUCUGCUUGCGAGGAGCACAGGAUCAUCUACAAUUCAACAGCCGUCUUGAAGCAGUUGGACUAAUUGCACUCACUGUGGCACUUUUUACCAUCUAUGUCCUGUGGACACUGGUUUCAUUCCGCUAUCACUGCCAGCUUUACUCAGAAUGGCGAAGGACAAACCAAAAGGUCCGAUUGAUGGCCGCGGACCACAAGAAUAUCACUCAACAUUCUCUCCUCUCUUCAAAACUUGUGAGGAAAGAUUCCAGUGAAACAAUUGUGUGAAUUCAUUGACACAGGGAACCAUAAUGAAAUGAAAAUUCAUAAAGUCUACACGUCCUUGAAAUAUGCUUUGUAACUCCAGCAAGGAAUGACACAACAGCAACUUGUUUAAUUUCAUGGAAUACACGCAAGAAGCAAACUUCAUUUGCAACACUCUCAGGAGCCAGUAUAUAUGCAGCCUACAUCUAAAUAUAAUCCCAAUAAAGAGUGGGGUUUAGAAACUUCAUAUUAUCUCAACUCAAUUGGACAGUAGUUAUGAUCACAUUGUAAGGUUGAAAUUUAUGGAAUGGGACAGUUGAAGUUUGAACUUAGACAAUCAUUUGUGAUAUCAUGUAUAAAAAUGACUCAUGGUUAAGAUGUGUUGAUCUGCUUUUAUUAUGAACUUGAGGCAGCAAAAAGAUCUGCCCUUAGUGUUGCACAGUAACCAGUUAUUGGGUCAGUCAGCACUAACUAGAAUGGGUCUGGAGAUCUUUACUUCUUGUGAAUAUUGAUUAUAAAUGAAGCGACAAAGUAGAGAUCUGAGCCCUGGAGGAAAUCAGGAAGUUUAAAUACAGGUGCAGAGGUUCGAAUUGUAGGUGUUUGGAAUUUCUACAUUUAAAGAAAAUGCAGUGAAGUAUUUCCUGACUUGUAUACAGGAUCUAAUGCUGGUCCUGUACAUCAGUGAUUUGCAACAAACUGAUGUCACAAAUUUGACACACAAUAAUACUAAUAUGGCAUUGAUUUUUGGGAAGCUUUGUGCCUGCUUUAGUAAAUGACACUUCUGAGCACCAAAAAAUCUGCAUGUUUUUUAAAAAAAAAUCACUUUCUUGUGAUACAGUUAGGAACACUGCAGUCAGCUUCCUGCACUCAUGGCAUAGUGCAUAGUCGGAGAACUUCACUAAAUGGGAUACCUUCUGAGGUCAAAUUUGUAAUAUUCAAGCAGAAUAAAGUUUUCCAAAUGGGAUUAGAGGAAGUAAAAAUGUUCCCAGUGGAGAAUUGGAGCUAUGGUACUCAUUGAUGAGUGGAGGCAAGUCUAGAAGACAGUUAUUCAAUACACACUUUUUGUAUAGUAGAAGAUUUAAACCUUUGGUUUAUAAAGUAAUCUUAUCUGGUUUGGGCUUUGGUAUAGAAUGAGUUGGGGAAUGAAGAAAUUUCCUCGCUGAACUUGUUUUCUUGGAUUAACUACCAGGCUCAUUUUUACUGCUUUGUGUACUGAAGCUGGGACAUAAUUGUGUCUUCGGCAUCUCCUAUUAUGUCUUUCCGUAAUCAAAUGGCAAAGGAACACUAUAUAAUUUAUGAUUACAGCAGCUAGUAUUAAAACUUAGUUUUCAUUGAAUAUACCACUUAUAUUUUUUUCAUAGAAUACCUGAUGCACAUUUUAAUAAUAUUUUUGUGCAAUUCCAAAAUUUAUCUAAAGUGUAAACACACAAGUUUAGGGAGACUGAAAAAAUAUAAAUUUUGUUUAACAGUUUUGAUUUAUUCUCUCUUUGAUGUCAGAACUGAAAUCGGCAGUAGUGUACCAAAGAACACUGGUAUUGGUACAAUUCUAUAACACUCUGUGUCUCUCAUUUCAUGUUUGUCCCUGUGUUUGUAAAUUAUCUGUAUUUACAGCAAGUCAACAGAGAUGUAACAUUAAAGAGUAGAAAAGUGAGCUGUCGUUCAGCCCAACAUAUAAGCAUCCACCAGAAAACAUGAUAUUAAUGUUCUGGUGAACCCACAUUAUAGAUCCUACAUCUCACUUUCUUGUUAUCUCUGCAAACUUGAUGAUCUCCAUUCCUAAAAUGUAAAUGCAUUUAUGUUUCUAUCAGCUUAAAGCACUUGCACAAAGAAAAGUGUUAAAUAAGAAGAAAAGCUAUCAGGUGCUGUUGGAAAUGCACUUUCAGGUUUUCAGCAUUAUGGUCUUAUUUUUUUUAAGUAGUAAUGUUUCAACCUAUCCAGAAUGCAAACCUGGUUUAAUUUAAACCGAUUUGGCAAAUGAUGAAUUGAUCCUAGUGGAUAUGCCUUCAUUGCAUUAAGAGUUUAUGUUAGAGGUUGAGGGUUAGGGAGGGGUGAGAAGGGCAUACCUCACCUCAUAAACUUGACUCUGAGUUAAACAAACAUUUAAUUAAGAGAAUUUUGCAAUCUUUUGCUUUCUUAAACUAAGCCUCUUUUUAUUUGCGCUUAUUCUAGUUUAUGAAUAAACUCAACAGUGUUAUCAACAUUAGAAAGAACUACCACAUUGUUUUGUUCUGUGAAUGAGUUUGAAAUUUGGGUAGAAGCUUACCUUUAUUGAAAUAUCAACUGUGAAAGGUAGUGGUGUGCAGCAGCCUUUCCUCUGGUCAUGCACAGAAUCCCAGCAAUGUAAUCUGUUAAUGGUGUAUUUGAACACUUUGUGUUUGAAGAACUGUUUUUACUACCCAAUGGCUCAAAGCAUUUUUGCUGAUUUGGGUAAUGGGCAUACCUCAUUGUCAGUACUCUAUUUUAUAAGCACCUGUCUGAGGAGUUUAGAUAUAAAACUGUAGAAUUAAGUUGAGUUUCUUUGCAAUCUUUGCAACUUGGUUGAUGCAUUUGUCAUCUUGAGCUUUAAUUUGUUUACUUUAAUCCCGUUUUCUCUCAGUAAUUGCUAUGUUCUGAUUAAACAUGUUUUAUUCUAUAGAUUUUUUUUCUUGGUUGUUUUUAAUAAUGUCUAUAAAAUUGUGUCCAUAUGUGCUGCAGAUAGAAAAUUUAUUUUUGCUUAAGGCAUAAAAAUUGCAAAACAUAACCAAGUUGGUGCCCUUUGAAUCUCUUAGAUAAUUGUUGUUCACCAGGUUAAAGCAGAUCUGGAUAGGAAUUCUGUUUUUUUUUUAGCUGCAGCUUCUUUACAUAUGAUCUGCACUUUUUAAAAAUAGUUAAUCCUUGCCCAAAGCCAGUUUGCAAAAUGUAUAUGUGCAUUAAUCGGUGUUCUCAUUCCCAUUCUUAGUAAUAGAAUUAAUAAAUGAAUUGGGUUUAUUUUUCUAGUGCUGAUUGAGGUUUGGAGAUGUAGUGAGUUGGAUGGUCAGACUCGAUUUACCUGGUAGAAAGUGAAGUUGGUAGAAACUCAAGAAAUGUUACAUAGUUCAGUGAAAUUAAGGUGGAAAUGAUGAAUGAUUUCCUGCUCUGAUGCUAGGAAAGUGGCAGUAAUGAUUUUGUAAAAUUGGCCAGUGAUCCUAUUGCAAAGAAGGGAAGGGGUGUCAAUUAAAGUUCCUGCUCCAGAUCAGUGUCUACUGAUUACUGCUGCUCAGUGCACAUUUAUGGAUCUCUCGGUGAACAAAAAUGGGCUGGCCCUUAUGCACUCUACAACAAAAUACACUUUUGUUUGCAUUAUGAAGGGUAGCUGCAUGAUGAAGUAUCAGAUGGUGACCAACAACCCCGGAAUCCUUAGCCCAGCAUGAGUUAACCCCAGGAGAGAUGGAGAGAAUUUUAUUUUCCAUUGUCUACCUAGUAACCCUUUAAGAAACUGAUCCAUUUUGAGUUACCAAGUAUUUUAAAAAUAACCAUUGACCAAAUUGGCUUUGUGGCAAAAAAUCACUUUCAAAAUUGUAGAAAGGUAGCUGAGAUGUAAUCAUAAUAGUUGCACAAAGUCUGGGUUAUUAAAUGUGGAAAAACAACAAAAGAUCGUACUCUAAUUUUAACAACUGACAAUCUUUUCCUUGUGAGAAUGGAACGGAACUCUAAUUUUACAGAAAAACUGUACCAGUUUAUUUUUAAGAUCCUCCUUCUGGGUCUUCAGCUAAUACCUUUUUUAAUUUAUUGAUUGUCUUUCAAAGUUUUAAAACAUCUUAAUUGGUGCACAGAUGUUUAUGUCAGUAUUUUUAAAACUUUAUUUUUGUCCCCAGAGCCCUGGUCAUUAUACUGUUAAAUGGGCAGUAUUAGUGCACACAGCUGUGUCAUGCUCUCUGUGGGGUUUACUUCCAUUGAUUGGUUGUCAUGAAUUAAAUGGAUUCAAGAAACAGAUGCCACUCUUGAUCUUGAUAUAAUUCUUUAUUUUGGUUAUGUAAAUUUGCCUCACUAUUCUGUGCUAGCAUUCAGACUCAUUGGAGGAAGGUCUGGAUUUGAUUUUAUGGAUGAAGUAAUAAUGCACUGGAAAUCCACAUAUGAAAGUGGUACAGUUUCAUCAACAGCUUCUUCACUAUUAGAAUAUUUCUCAAAACUAAAUCUCCCAAAGAGUAGAAUAGGAGAUGUACUGUGUUUGCAACCAUUUCUGUAUACAUUUGUUAAAAUGUUCUACCUUAUCUAGAGCAGGAUUACACACACACGUUAAUGGAGCCCAUGUGCUAAAUUGGCAACUUUUCAUUUAAAAUUAAUGCUAUUAUAUGCACUUAGUUGAUUUAUUUGUGCGUGUUUCUAAUUUCUUAGUAUCCCAAAAAUAGGAUUGAUUUCUAAAAAGACACAGCAUCUGGCUGAACCAUGCAGGACAAAAAUUCGAGGUUUGAUCCCACUCCUUGCCAAAUCAAUUUAGGAUAAAAUAGGAACUGCCAGUAUCUGAAAUAAAAAGAAAAAUUGCUGGAAACACUCAGCAGAACUGACAAAGGAUCUUUGACCUGAAACGUUAACUCUGUGUUUCUCUUUUCACAGAUGCUACCUGAUCUACUGAAUGUCUCCAGCAUUUUAUAUUUUUAUUACACACUUAAGCAACUGUAGUUUUUUGACUCCAAUGUCUACAUUGAAAGAGAGCAGUUACCAGGUUUCUUGCUUCUUAACACUAUUCCUGCUGAAUGUCAUGCAUGUAUUAAUGUUGCCUGGCUCAGUUCUGUUAUAGUCAAAUAAGUUGCCAAUAGCCAUUGCAGGGGCUCUUGCAUCAAAUCAAUAAUGGCUAUUUGAAUAAGGUACAGGAAGAACAUUACACAACACAAGUUAAAAUCACAAAGUAAGAGAAAAUAGUUAAAGUAUGAGGCAACAUUUUAAUAAGAUCUUUUACCUUUAAAGCACCUUUGAAUUUGCACAAAGAGAAAUCAGUAGCUAUAAUCUCAUUGAGGAGUUGUUUGUGUUAAUCCAAUCACCAUGAUGCAUUGAUUUAUUUCUCCAAUACAUAUUUUUGGGAAUUAAUCUUUGGAGAAGUUCCCUUUUCUAUAAAUCUGUCCAUCUGCUAUACCAAAAUAGUACCUGUCACAUUUUAGUAAGGUAAAAGCAUAUUUUAAUCCAUUACUUAGGUAAUCUUUUGUUAGUUCCAUUGUAUGAGGAACAGGACUGUGGCAAUUGGAGGGUGCCUAAAAAUCCUCCCUAAACCGUAAGUGUUUGACAAUGACACUCUAAAAUUACUUGAACAGAAUACAGCUCUUGUGUGUAUUGAUUAGUGUUGGUUGAAGUUGAAAGUUUGUAAGGAUGGAAACUGUUCAGUAAUUGCUUCUUCCUCUUUGUACCAUCUCUUCAAAAAGUCAAAAAAGCUUACUAUAAGAACACUUUAUUUCAUGCAAUGGUGGUUCAUUCAUUCAUUUCAAAAUGUUUGAUUUUGAGAUAUGUUUUUGUAAAGACUGUUUUUGAAAAGACUAUACCAAGCUCUUUGCUGAAAGGAUUUGUUGCAUGGAAAUGAAUUGAGGCUUUAGACACCCCAUCAGGGUGUAGAAUAAAUUCCUGUGGCUUUUGUCGCAAUGGUAGUUAAUUACUAUAUACAUUGUUAAUGUCAUUAUUCUUUGAAUGUAUAAUGUCUUAACUAUCUGGUUUGCAGUUGCUUUAAAUUGUAAAUAUAUAUCCAAUCAUUGUACUCUCUUUAUCACAAUUAUUAUAAUGCCUUUGGCUGAUUGUCUUAAUUCCAUUUUAUAAAUAAGAUACAUGUACUCGCAAUUCAAUUUAGUACCUUGAAUAAACCUUAUCCAAGCUC